AUGGAUGUGCCUCCUGAUGGAGGUUAUGGUUGGGUGGUUGUUGGUGCGAUCUUCUGGAACAAUGCACACCAUUGGGGUCUUGUCUCAAGCUAUGGAGUCUUCCUAGCCUACUUUCUUUCAAACUCACAUUUCACAGAAGGUACUAGUCUUGACUAUGCAUUCAUCGGUGGAUUGUCCGCCUCACAGGCACUACUUAUGGCACCGCUUGCGUCCGUUAUCAAUCGGCGGUAUGGCCUGAAAGUCGCAAUGAGCCUGGGUGUCAUCCUUGAAACUGCGGCACUUCUAGGAGCAUCGUGGAGCACAAAAGUUUGGCAACUAUACCUGAGCCAAGGGAUCUGCUUUGGUUGGGGACUAGGUCUCCAGUAUGUGUCAACUAUUCCACUUAUCCCGCAAUGGUUUGCAAGACACAGAAGCCUUGCUGCAGGUUUGGCUGCUGCUGGAAGCGGUACUGGGGGCUUGAUAUAUUCCCUGGGAUCUAAUGCCAUGCUCGAGCGGUUUGGUUAUGGCUGGACAUACCGCAUCCUGGCCAUUGUGCAGUUAGUUGUUAACUGUGUUUGUUUGCUUCUCAUUCGAGAUCGUAACAAAAUGACUGGAACCAAGACUUCAAAUCUCAAGAUCUCUGACAUUCUCAAGCGAUAUGAGCUAUGGCUGUUUUGGGGCUGGAGCUUUUUGAGUAUUAUGGGCUUCAUGAUCAUCUGGUACUCGCUAGGUGAUUUCGCCAGAAGUCUCGGUCUCAGCUCCCACCAGGGAUCUGUCGUCACAGCAGUUAUGAACUUAGGCACCAUUAUCGGUCGGUCAGGUACAGGAUGCGUCAGUGAUCUUCUCGGGAGAAUGAAUACGGCGUCCUUUGCGACUUUCGUUACUGGUUUGUUGUGCCUUGUUCUUUGGACUUUGGCCCGGUCCUAUGCUGCGACCUUGUGCUUCGCCUUCUUUGGAGGGUUAGUCUUUGGAACCUUCUGGAUGGCUGUGGCUCCGCUCGCAGCAGAGGUGGUCGGCCUGAGGUACCUGCCCUCGUGUCUAACACUCACAUGGGUGGUUUGUGUGAUUCCAGCAACUUUUGGAGAAGCGAUUGGCCUCAAGCUCCGAGCUAGCGGAGAUCGUGAAUAUCUUCAUGUCCAACUAUUUGCUGGGUUCAUGUAUAUUGGGGCCUCGAUAUGUGUGUUCAUGCUUCGAACCUGGAAGAUGUCUACUCUUCCCGAGUCAUCCAGCGAACCACACAUUUCGGCAGAUUCGAAAGAAACUGCGAUAGUCUCUGUGGAAGCGAAUGACCGCCAAAGCACGUUGAAUCAGUGGUUGAAAUUGAACAAAGUAUAG